UUUAGCGCUGAUUAAAAACAAAACAUAAAAUGCCAACACUCAAAACGCUUUUGCCCAUGCCUAAGUCUCUGCUCACGUCUUCCUGGGAGCAGGUGGUGGAAACCAAGGGACCAGAUUAGCUGGACCUUGUGCCUGAUCCCUAGUGGUGGUUCCCGUGACUGUCGGGCACACACAUUUCUACUCCUCCUUGUGCAGGUUUGCUCAACAGCUGAGCUGUGCUGUGGAGAGAACCUGAUGCCACAAACUGCUUGGCCUGCCAGCUGCCUUUAUUCCACUAUGCUUAAUGCCAGGUCCAGUGACUCGGAUUACAUUUUACCUGCCAGAUCUGUCUUUUAAUUUUUUCCAAAGUGAACUGAUCAAAACAAUCCCAUCAUGUAGUGAAAAACAAUCAUUAAAGACAACUUAUAAACUGGCUCGGUGCUAGCAAAGGACUUCCAGUGGCUGCAGCGACAUCUUCAGUGUGUUAGUUGUCAGGCUGUCUUAGGUAAUGUCCCUAUCACCGUAGCAUCAGAGCUCCUCACAAUCUUUUAAAUGUAUUUCUCCUCACAGGUCCCUGGGGGGUUAGGUCAUCCCGCUGACCAGAUGGUGAAAUGAGGCUCAAAGAGACUAAGUGACUUGCCCAGGUCACACAGGGAGCUUGUGGCAGAGUAGGAAAUACAUCCCAGAUCGCUGGGCUAUCCUUUCUCUCCUACCAAUAGUAGUGUUACUUGCAUACAAAAGACUUGUGCUUCUGUUUCUCUGCUAGUGGGGGAAACAACUGGGUUCCUUACUGUUCUGCCAUUGAUAUGUCACAGUUCAGGGCAACUGCACCUGUAUUCCCCCUCCUUGGCCCAGCAGGGGCACCCGCUUUAGGCUUCUGGCUCCCAGCUGUCACCUCUUGUUGGGGGGAGACCUGUGUCUCGCUGCUCCUGAUGGGGGAUUUCUGCACAGUUCUCUGCUAACACUGUGCUAUCCCCAGCAAGCCAGACUCUCUGCUUUCUCUCUCAGGCUAAGACUGUUGUGUCGCCAACCAUUGCAAGUUACCACACAGCUCCUCCGAAGUACUGUACAUUUAUUCUGAAGGCUGUGGUCCAUCAGUCUGGGAAAGAUGUCAACAGACCAGAGUUACUGGAACAACCUGACAACCCUGCAGAAAAUCGCUCUGGCCCUCGGGAUCCCAGCCAGCGUAACCGUCAUGUACAUCUUGUACCGCAGGUACAGAGAAAGCCGAGAGGAGCGGCUGACAUUCGUAGGAGAGGAUGACAUUGAAAUUGAGAUGAAGAUCCCCCAGGAGGCUGUGAAAUUGAUCAUCGGACGGCAGGGCGCCAGUAUCAAACAGCUGAGGAAGGAGACCGGCGCUCGCAUCGAUGUGGAAGUGGAGGACUCCGGUGAGGAGCGGGUGCUGCUGAUCAGUGGCUUCCCCGUCCAGGUGUGCCGAGCGAAAGCGGCUAUUCACCAGAUCCUGGUGGACAACGCCCCCGUGUCAGAGCAGUUCUUUGUGCCGCAGAGAGCCGUCGGCAGGAUUAUCGGCAGAGGUGGCGAGACGGUGCGAGCCAUCUGCCGCAGCUCGGGGGCCAGAGUGGUCUGUGAGAAGGAGAUGGACAACGCCCUGUGUCUGACCCGGCUCAUCAGCCUCUCGGGGACCCGCAAGGAGGUGACUGCUGCCAAGCAACUGAUCCUGGAAAAGCUUUCGGAGGACGACGCGUUUCGAAAGAAACUGGCCCUGUCGGCGGCGGCCCGGUGCCUGCGCAAGCAGCCCUUGGGCGUGAGGAGAGAGGACCCCGGGCAGCAGGGGGAGCUGCCGCGCCCCAAUGGCGAGGCCCUCUGCCAGCUGGCGAGCCCUCCGCAAGGGGCAGGGGAUGGAGGCCGGCUGGCCGCAGAAGCCCUGGACCAACCACAGGAGCUCAGAGCCGAGAGCGAGUCCCUGGAGGAGCCGGUGAUGGAGCCCAGCCCGGCAGUGCCCAUGUUCGAGGUCCCCAGCCCCGACUUCAGCUUCCACGCGGAUGAACACCUGGAGGUUUACGUCUCGGCCUCGGAGAACCCCAGCCACUUCUGGAUCCAGAUCGUCGGCUCCCGCAGCCUGCAGCUCGACAAGCUGACCGGCGAGAUGUCCCAGUACUACGGGAGCAGCAGCCAGUCGCCCGAAUUCCCCAACGUCCGGGUAGGCGACAUCGUGGCUGCCCCGUAUGCCGAUCACGGCGCCUGGUACCGGGCCAGAGUCCUGGGCACCCUGGAGAACGGCAACUUGGAUCUGUAUUAUGUCGACUUCGGGGAUAACGGGGAAGCCCCGCUAGAGGCACUGCGAGCCUUGCGGAGCGACUUCCUGAGUCUGCCCUUUCAGGCCAUCGAGUGCAGCCUUGCUGGGAUCGCCCCUGCGGGGGAGCAGUGGGAAGAGGACGCCCUGGACGAGUUCGAUCGCCUCACGUGUUGUGCCGAGUGGAAGCCCCUGCUGGCGAAGAUUUCUAGUUACGUCCAGUCUGGGGUCUGUACCUGGCCGCGCAUCCAGCUGUACGACACCAGCCACGGACAGAGCCUCGAUAUAGGGGAGGAGCUGGUCCGGCUGGGUCAUGCUGUGCGGUGUCCGCAAGAGGAGGCCGAUGCUGCGGGGGACGGCGCCCCCCAGCUGGGGAAGGAGGCCACGGCCGAGGCGUUCCAGAAGAUGCUGGGGAAUGCUGCAGGGACCUCCCUCGAGAGCCUCCUGUCAGAGACCUGCGUCAGUCUUUCAGAUAACUCCAUUGAGCAGCUCCGAAGUGACACCGAGCCCACAGAACCACCCUCCCAGAAGACUGUCAUGCCCUCACUCUGGUCCCUACGGAUCUCGGCUCCCUCCUGCCCUCUGGGGGACUCCGAGGCUCUCGCCUUGCCAGCUGGCGGUGAGAAGCAGAAUGGCUCAGGGGGCUGCAGCAGCGAGGGAGCGUCGGAGGUUGGGAGGUCUCUGCGGGCCACCGGGAGCCAUGCAGCAGAUGCCACGUGGACAUCCAGUCCUGCUGAUUGCCCGCAUCCCGCAGCCUGCUCGGGAGAGGCCUCUCCCAUCUCCCUCUCAGGCAAAGGCUCCAGCACCUCAAACGCCAGCUUCCCUACCACCCUGGCCUCUGGGGACAGCAGCUGCUACUCCCCCCGCGGCUACUUCUAUUACCUCUCCACUUCAGAAGAGUGGUCCAACUCCUCGGUCUUCUGCAGCGGCUCGGGCUCUGCCGGCGAUUCCCUCCAAAGCCCCGUCCUCAUCAGCUCCUCUGACAGCGAGGGAGAGGAGGAGGAAGGGGGGCUGAGGGCCCGGAGGAGAGAAGCCGCGUCUAUGUCUGGAAGCGGCGACGACGUUCUUCUGGUCGAAGACGAUUCGCUGUGACCCCUUCCCCGAGCAGCAGCGAGCCGGAGGCGUCGCAGAGGGGGGGAGGUUGGUGCCUGGAUUGAGACAACCAUGAGGACUCUCCGACGGGGGCGGGGGAAUAAAAUACUGCGGGAAAGUGGAAGGAGAGACCACGGCCAUUGGGGACCCACCCCCUUUCUCCGGGUCCAGAAACGACGGGUUUGCAUCGUAACCUCGUCCUCGUCUGUGAGCAUGUGUGUUUGGGGCGGGGGCUGCACCGCAUCAAGUGCACGUUGCUGGCUCCCUGCAGCAGGGACCUGAUGCCGGCUGUUGUGGGACUGCCUUCUCGGGGACUCUCUGGGAUGUGGGGGGGCUGGGAUGGGGAGUGGGUGUUUUCGUUGCAUUUGGAGGGUGCUGAUCCUAGAGAUUCUGGAGCUAACUGCCAGCAUCUGUUGAGUCAGACGCCAGGGUUCCGGCUGUGCGGUUCUGUGGCGCUCCCAAGGGAUCACGGUCUGCGGAAUACAGGUAUUCCGGGGGUAGCUGUCCUGCAAUCCCCUUCUAUCCCCAGUUGACAGCUGCUGGGCUGUCCUGGUGUAGAACCAAAGUAACGGCACUGACUGCAUUUGGGUUGCUCUAUAGCCGCUGGUGUAAUGAGAGCAGGAUCAAGCCCCCUGGUCCCCACUUCCUUCUGAACAGCUGAGCCCCUCCUUCCCCUGACUGGUGGGAGGUCCCCACUCGCUCUCCUGCGGGCCAUUCGGCUGGGUUGCGCUUGCUCUGUUGUGAGUCAAGGCUGACUUUGGUUUUGGUUUAAAUCUCGGCGCAAGGCGCCUGCACCAAAGACUCGGCUCUACCGUCCCUCCCGCUGCAGGGGCGAGGGAGACACUGGCGCUCUGGUGACGUGACUGGAGGGGCUUUUUCUGCUGCAGGAACGGGGCCGGAGGACGGUUGCGACGCCCCCCUCCCCCCAGUGCCGCCCCCAGCUUUGACAACACUUGCUUUACUAAAAUAAAAAGUUAUGUUUAAAAAGAAGAGAGAAUCCUCUUAGGCUGCAAACGUUGGAGCUGCGUUUUCGUUUCAAUAAACGCAGACCGAGCUGGUCCCUUUUUGUUUUCGUGGCUGAAUCUGCUUCGUGCAGAACUGCCCCAGCAUCUAGCAUUAGUAGAGAGUUCGGAAGGGGGCGGUUGCUGGCGCACUCUGCAUGGGCUUACUGCUCUUCCCCUUGGCGAUGACGGGAGCUGAGUUAGGCCAGCACCGGGGGCUUUUGCAGAUCUCUGCCUCUUGCUGUCUCCGUUGCUGCGUAAAGGAGAAGUCUGGGCAAAGUGUGUUUAGCCCGCUGACCGCUGGAGAGUACCUAGCUGGCUCCGUCAAAGCUCCUGUCUGGGAAUUGGCCAAAGCUUUAUGAGGUGGCUUCGGAGGUCUGUCGCUGCACGUCGGCGGAGGCUGCCCUGUUGUGAAGAUGGGCAUUUUCUGCCAGCUGGUGGUUGCAGUCUUUCAGCUGGAUGUGUUUUCACCCCAACCCCGUUUUUGGGAGUGGGCACGGGGAGAUCAAAUAAGGUUUGGGAGAGCUGUAUGCCUCGGCCCUUGGUUUCUUUAUUAAAUAAAAGUUCUGUUGAGUUUUU